UGGGUAUCUCCCUCCGCGGCCUUGUUUAUUACCUACGGCGUCUACAGGUACCGGCUUGCUUCUUCCAUUACGCCACCCCAUCUCCCUCCGGACAGUCGAGCCUCAUUACCCACCAUGAGCCUGAACCUCUCGGACCUGGGACAAGAACUCGACUCGAUCCGGCGCACACGGCGCGGCGAGGUGCAAGCUCAGCCUAUUCCCAUACAGGCGUCGGAUGAUAGCUCCGUGUCCCCAGCCUCGUCGCUCAGCAGCCGGCCGUCGCCAUCUGUCCCAUACCGGUCACUUGACCCGCCACCAGACACCCCAGCUCAGCUGUGCCUCCUGUGCUUCGCCAGGGCGCCUUCGGCUGUGCUUCUUCCCUGUUGUCACCUCAACCUCUGUUACCUUUGCGCCCCGCUCUUCAUGCACAAGGGCGCGACCGAGAGCCGCGCAAUCCAGCGCGUGGAGGAGGAGCAGGCAGCGCGCGAGCGGGGAGACGAGGAAGAGCGCACGCUCGGCCGCAUUCCCUUCAACGUAGCGCUCACGCGUGCAGUCAAGGGAUAUCCAGGAGCACGGCGGCUGAGCAUCGGCGGGUACAUCCCGCCCGCGGAGGGGUUUCGCGGAGGCGAGCUUCGCGGACGCGACGUUCUACAAGGCGAGAACGCGGGUCUCAAGCGCAGUCGUGAAGGUGACGGACGCGUCGUACUUGGAGCAGUCGACAGAGCAGAGGCGCACUGCCUCGUGUGCCGGGCUGGCGUGAGCGGGUGGUUACGAGUCUACAACUAGGUGCGGCCUUGUGUGGACUUUGGUAGCGUUUCUUGAUUACGUACUUGUGCCGCCGUUGUAGAUUAACCAGCUCG